AUGAGGUGCUCUCCAUGUGGACUGAUGCUGCAGUGUCUCUGUCUGGCUCUACUGUGUGACUAUGUGCUGCUCUCAGGAGGGGACAGAGUGCAGACGGUGGCUCAGGCCGGGCCCUUGUAUCGGGUCGAGGGCUCCAAGCUCUCCAUCUCCUGCAGUGUGAGCGGCCUUCCUCCUCUCUCUGACGCCAACAACAAUUUUGAGUUUCGAGUCAAGAAAUAUACAGACCCAAAUUCAGUGGUCUUUGAAAUCCUGCGCCUUCAGAAGAGCGAUGAAGGGGAAUAUGAGUGCGCUGUCGUGAAUACCAAAGGAACCUUCUAUGGGACGUACAGUGCAAUGACCACAGUCAAAGUGAUCGACAACUCCUUAACCGUCGCAUCAUCAGCUCCGGCUUCUCUUACCCAAACAGAAGGAGACGGUUUGGAGUUAUCCUGCGAAGUGUCCAGCAGCACGAUCCAACACACGCAUUUGUCCUUUGGCUGGUUCCUCCGAAGAAAUAGCGAAAAUGUCUCUCGCCCCCUUAUCUCAAUGGACAGAGAUUUUGUAUUGAUUCCAGGGCAGGACUUAGAGGAGCGAUACAAAGCAGGACUGAUCAGGUUAGAUAAAAUCGGAGAGGUGACAUACCGGCUUAGCGUGUCCAGCUUGAAGCUCUCAGAUCAAGGCCAAGUGUUCUGUGAGGCUCAGGAGUGGAUACAGGACCCCGACCGGACUUGGUACUCCAUCGCAUCCACAUCAGCAACAGAGACAAGCCUCACAGUGAAAGCCAAAGAAGUGCUGUCUGACACUUCAUCUCUGGAGGUGGGAAUCUCCGUGGCACAAUCUUCUCUGCAGGAGGGCCAGCAGCUCUCUGUGUCCUGUUCCGUGGACUCCUCGAAUCUCAACUUCUUCUCCGUGGCGUGGCUGCGUGGAGGAGUGGAGGUUGCACGGAUCAACCCCCUCGGAGUCCUCACGGUGGGCCCAGAUUACAGCAGCCGAGAGAGAGACGGAGAGCUGUGGGCGGCCAGGGUUGGGAGGAGGGAUUAUAAUUUGAUUCUUCGGCAUGUCAGGACCAGUGAUCAGGGAGAGUUUGUGUGCAGAGCUUGGCCUGACGAGUGGAGCAGCACUGGGGAUUUUGUACAGGCUGCAGCCAAGGACUCCACACCCCAAACUGUCACUAUCGCAGCGGCAGAAAGCUCCCUCUCAGUUGACUUGGCCAACAGCGUGCGUGUGGAUGAAGGGCACAAGCUGGAGCUGUCCUGCCGAGUGUCCGGAGUGACUGGUCAGCUGUCUGUGACCUGGCAGCACAAGUCAGACUCAGCCAAUGCCCCCUUCACCAGUGUGGUCAGUCUGAACAGAGACGGGGUCAUGAGCAAAGCUGAAGGCCGUGAGGAUGUGAGGGCAACAGCACUGCGCCCUGCCCCAGACCUCUUCACUCUGCAGCUGGAAGAGGCCACACAGGCCGCCUCUGGCCAUUACCAGUGUGAGGUGUCAGAAUGGAUAUCUAACACCAAGUCCAGCAGCCAAGAGGCAACAGCCCAUGUGACUGUCAGGCCUCUAGAGGCGGUGGCAAGGGUGUUUCUAAUUGGCCGUAACCACAAUGCAGCAGAAGGACAGCAGGUGGAGUUGAUCUGUCGUGUCAGAAGUUUGAACCUGCCUCGUACUUUGGCCUGGAGUUUCCGCCGUGGAGACUCAACAACUCCGGACAGCAUUCUCACGCUGUACUCCAGUGGGGCUAUCAGCUGGUUUGGAGACCAACAACGAUACCAGCUGAAAAUAGACAACAAAAACAAACCAAAUGAAACAUGGUACCACCUGAUUGUGAAUAGUGCCAGUAAAAGAGAUGCUGGAAACUAUCAGUGCAGUGUUUCUGUGAUCCUUGAAAAGACACAGAGAAAGCUGUCUGCCUCUGAGCUGGCUGUUAAUGUGGAGAGCCCCGUGAGUGAUUUAACUCUGACUUCGAGGCAGCGUCUCAGCGUGAGCCGGACUGAAGGCCCCAGCUUUAUUCUGACCAUCCGUAAUGCCCGCUCCUCUGACAGCGGAGUGUACAUGUGCACGGUGGUGCAGUGGAGACAGGACUCUAGCAGAGAGUGGUACCAGUUCCCUGCUGUGUCCAAAAGCACACAGCUGACUGUUAUUGAACCUGCCAGUGAUCUUCAUUUGAAUACUACAACACCUGCUUUGAAUGUAAAGGAAGGAGAUGAUGUACUGCUGGGCUGUAACCUGACCUCUGCCAUGGACAGUCCUUCUGUUUUCUACAGAGUCAUUUGGCUCUUCUCUGAUCACAGCGGUUCCAUUAGUAACAUGCCUAUGGUGGAGCUUGAUCACACGGGAAGACUUUCAUACCCUGUACACAAGGCUCUCCGGCACCGAGGUAAGGAGACACAGAAUGACGUUUGGAAAUAUAACGGGGCCCUCGAUAAAUGGAUAAAGAUUGAGUCGCUGUCAAUAGCCCGCUGGAGACACAAGAUGGCCGUUCACCAGGGCAAAGUCUAUGCCAUCGGGGGUUUUGAUGGAAGCCAAAGACUGUCUAGUAUCGAAGCCUAUGACCCCUUUCAUAAUCGCUGGACACAGGUCACUCCUCUUGCUGAGGGGGUAAGCUCUUUUGCGGCUGCCAGUUUUGAUCGGUGGAUUUAUGUAAUUGGUGGGGGUCCAAAUGGAAAACUGGCUACAGAUAAAGUCCAGUGCUGGCAACCCGGGACAAACAGUUGGGAGACCAGAGCUCCCAUACCAGUGGAGACCAAGUGCACUAAUGCGGUCACGUUCAGGGACUGCAUCUACAUAGUGGGAGGUGCGAUGCAUGCCAUGUUCUGCUACUGCCCGGAGUCAGACUGCUGGUCUCUGGUCACUCGGCUCGGGGAGCGGGCCAGCUGUGCCAUCACAGCAUGCAACAACAAGAUCUUCAUCACCGGCGGCAGAGACAACAAGAACCAGGUCAUCUCCACGGUGAUGUGCUGGGAUGUGAGCAAAGGGCUGCUGACUGAGGAGUGUGUGUUACCCAUAGGAGUGUCCCACCACGGCAGCGUCACCCUCAUGAAGUCCUACACACAUAUACACAGGAUCACCCCAGUUCCGGCAGAGAUCAAGGGGUGA